AUCAGCCCUCAAACUCCGCCUCCAUCACACGUGGCAGGACUAUAAUACAAAUUUCUAGACCAUUCGAGCGUUGAAAACGCGGGAAAGCUCUGGAAAUCCGUCGAACAUUUCUAAAGUCCGAAAACCAUCGUCAUUAGAAAAAAAAAAGUAUUUAAGUCCCCGAGCUUUUGAAUUCUAUCGUCUCAAACGUAAUCUGUGCAACAAAGAAACAAGAGCGCUCGACAAGAAGUAAAAUUUUUCUUCUAGGGUUUGUGGAACGGAUUUUUGCACCGGAAGCUCAGUCAUUGGGAUUUGCGGAUCGUUCGGAGGGAUUACAUUUAGUUCGUCGUCUUCUUGUUAUAUUUCUAGUAACUGCAGAACACAUCCACACUCCAAGGUCUCAAUUUUCCCUAACCGGAGAAGAUGGACACAGCAUACAGAAACAUUCACACAUACCCCCACCAAAGAGAUCAAAUCCACUAUAACCCCCAUUUCCAAUUCCACCACGGACCCCAACCAAUUCCACCUCUGCCUCCUGUAAACUAUGGUUACUUUCCUUGGGGGCCUAACUAUGGUUACCAGCCCCCGCUCGAAUGCCACGGCUGCUGUAACCCUCACCCUUAUCAUUUUCCCGUAAAUUAUCUUUCUUUCCCGGUUCAGUACAUGCCUACUCCUCCUCCUUAUCAUCACCCACCGUUUUACCCAAUGGAACAACCUCGGUAUGAAUAUGAUAAGAAUGCGAGUAUGGGUGUUAAUCAUUGUUGUGGGUGUCCGAAUCACAUGUCCCAUAAGAAAGAACAGCCGGGUAAUUCUAGGAUUGAGGAGGAAGAAUGGGAGGGGGAAAGGAGGAGAAAUGAUUCCCUGUUGAAGAAUGGAUCUUAUCCGAUCGUGUGGGUUCCAUCUGAUUAUAAUAGCAAGAACAAGCAGGUGAAGGAGGAUAAGGAUAGUGAUGGUAAGUAUGAUAAUCGAGUGGUUUGGAAAGAUGGUGAGGAAAAUGGAUGGUUCCCGCUUGAUUUGAGUAAUUUGGGUUCUUCCAAUAAGCAGAUAGGGGAUGAGGAAAGGAAGAAAGGGCAUUUCCCAUUUCCGUUGUUUUGGAUACCAUAUAAACCGGGAGAGGCCGAGAAGGAAAUGGGGAAAAAUGAGGUGAACUGUUUGAACGCAAAACCAAGCGUGGAUUCGGAUAAGAGGUUUCACUUGAUGGGAGAAGAUAGUGGCGGGCAAGAUGCUCCCAGGGUGAAAGAAAUUAAGGUUAAGGAAGCGGAAAAGCACAAAGAAAAUGAGAGUUUGGAAAACCAGGUGAAGGAAAGAGUGAAGGAAGGUAUUCAUCAUGGUGAAAAGAAGGUGGAGAAUGAGGAGAAUUUAUCUAAGGAUAACGUGAAAAUGAUGAAAUCGGUUUCUCCACCUAAAUCACCCAAGUUGCCGCCUGUCUGUCUUAGAGUUGAUCCCUUGCCGAGGAGAAAAGCUGAAAAUGGAAGUUCAAGAUCUCCGAGUCCUCCUGGUGACGGACAAAAGCCUGAUUUGAGGUCCAAUGAGGAAAAAAGCAAGGCUUUUACCACAUCAGACAAGGUAAAAGUGGAGAAGGAACCUACCAAGGAUUUCACUGAGGGCAAGAACACAAAAUCAGUUGAGGUUGUUAAUGGAGGAGAACUGAAGAAUGUGGAUGUGAACAAUGGAAAUCCUCUGAUAAUCCCCGUUAAAUCUGAGGAUGGUUUUUCGAGCAAGAGACCUGAGGAAGUGCCUAAAGAGGAUGAUAUUUCUCGUGUUCCGACCGAAACUGAUGCUGUUAAAGGUCAAUCAGAAAAUGCUGAAUCUGGCAGCGGGAUGAAAGAGGUAGAUGAGGCAAAGGUGAUCAGUAAGAGAAAAUUUUGUGAAGAGGAAGCAGCUGUCCUUAUUCAGUCGGCAUACCGGGGGUUUGAUGUUCGGAGGUGGGAGCCCAUUAAGAAGUUGAAACAGAUUGCCAAAGUGCAAGAGCAGAUAAAUCAUGUGAAGAAUAUGAUUCAGGAAAUGGAGGCAUGUCCUGAUGUCCAUGGCCGUGGCAAACGAAGGAACAUUAUUUCCGAAACUAUAAUGAGCCUCCUGCUAAAAGUGGAUACCAUUCAGGGAUUGCAUCCUAGUGUCAGGGAGGUCAGAAAAUACGUCGUGAAAGAGCUCGUGAAUCUUCAAGAGAAGCUCGACUCGUUAGUGAACGAAAAAACAGAACAUCCACCUCAAGAAGAAUCAAACCUGAAAUCCACAGAAGUUGCUUCCAACAAAACUGAGGUGGAUGUUAACUUGUCCAAUGAUGGCAACAACACCACAUCUGAUGCACCAGUGGCAGCUCAAAACCAGCCUGAUGGCGAAGAAUUAAACCCUGAAAACUCGCAAAUUCCAGUUACGAAUCUGGACCAAGCAGAGUCCGAGGAGAAACUCAAAAAGGGAGACGAGAAUAUUAUUGAAGAUGAAGACAAGUUGAGCAAUGAAAUGGCUGAAAAUGAGAAGAUUAUUGAAGAUGAAGGCAAGUUGAGCAAUGUAAGGGGUGAAAAUGAGGACAAUCGCGAGAUAUUAUUUCAAGAAAAUGUAUCGGAAAUUCCAGUCACGGAAGAGCCUUCAGAGAAAAUAACAGAUUUUGUGCAGUCUGAGGUCGACAAGCUUGAUACUGUACUUGAUGAGCUUCCAUUAGGAAUUGUUGAUGAUCUGUGUGUUCAGGAAAGCUCAAGUCAGAAAUUGGACGUUACAGAUGUGAAGACAGCCUGUCAGGAAGAGCUGCCAGAGGAGGAAGAGGCAAUAGACAAAGCUCUAGAAUCACACGAUGAUGCCACUGACAAAGAAAUUCACGAAGUUAAUGACGAAGUUCUUCCAGUCAGUGAAAUCAACACUAGUCUUGAAUCGGUGGAUAUCAAAAUCGAAGACGAGAAAUCUGAGCCUGAAGUGAUUGCUGCAGUAGCUGAGCAAUUUGUAGUUCCGGAGCAAAAUAUGAUGAUUGAAGCUACAGACAUGGCUGAAAAGGAAUCGGCUAACAAGGCAACUGACAUGCUUGAUAAAGUUGAAGAUGAUUCGAUGGAGGGCAAAAUGAAGCUGAUUGAGGAGAAUGAGAGGCUGAGGGGCAUAAUGGAGAAGUUGAUCCAGUCAGGACAAGAACAGCUUGCGGCCAUUUCCACUCUUACUGGGAGAGUGAAGGAUUUGGAGAGGAAACUGUCGAAGAAAAGGAAAGUGAAGGUGAGCCACCGCAAGAAUAGCAAGAUGAGAUCCCUUGUUGCACUCGAGGACAAUCUUUUCGCUUUUCACCGUCGUUCCCAAAUCCCAACGGCCUGCGCUCAGGCUUUUACCGAGAGAAUUUAAACUACGGGCAUGGAGCCGCUGAUUCUGGAGAUCAAUCUCAUCUCCGCCCAGGGAUUGAAGCCCCUUUCCGCAAACCUGCGCCGGCUUCAAACCUACGCCGUCACCUGGAUCCACCCGGAGAAGAAGCUCCGGACCCGCGUCGACUCCCUCGGCGGCGAAAACCCCUCCUGGAACGACAAGUUCCUCUUCCGAGUCUCCGAAGAAUUCGCGUACGGCGACACCUCCGCCGUAGCUGUCGAGAUCUUCGCCGUCGGCUACAUCAAGGACUUCCUGAUCGGUACCGUCCGAUUCCUCCUCAGCACGUGCCUCAAGAGAUCCGCGCCGCAUGCGGGGGCGCACGCGGGGACGCCAGCGUUCACCGCCGUCCAGAUCCGCCGCCCUUCCGGCAGGUUCCAGGGCGUGCUCAACAUAGCCGCGGCGGCGUACCACUCCUCGCAGUACCCGGCCCUGGAGAGGGAGGCGGCGGUUAGCUUCCGCGAUCUGGUGGAGAAGAACGAGCGCAGGCUGCGGCGGCUGAGCCGCGGCGGGUUGAGGCGGAGCCUGCGGUCCUCCGGCGGGGAGUCCUGCGACUAUUCCGACGGCACAGACUCGACGUCGUCGUCCUCGUCCGCCGCCUCGACGGCGCUGAAGGAGUGGAACUGUGUCCGGGAAUUGGCGGGAAAUGGGAAGGGGCAGAAAUCAUCUGACGGCGGUGGGUUGCUCUGCGGGCUGAAGAUGCAGAGGAGGAUGUCAUUCUGCCCGUCGGAUCAGAAUCUCGCGUUCUGGGCGGAUUCUUUUCAUGAGAAAGAUUGAUCAAUGGUCAAGAUUCGUGUAUCCGCAGGGUUACAAAUCGACGGCUGAGAAUUAUCCCUUUUUUCUUUCUAUCUCCUUUCUAUUUUUCUGGUUUUGCUUUGCUCUUUAUUAGAAUUGGAUUGGACUCAAUUAUUAGUGUUCUUAAAUAUUGCUUUAGUUUGAGAUUUUGAUAAUUUGUUUCAAAUUUUCAGUUAGCUAUGAGCCUAUGAUAUAUCCUGUUAAAAAAUGUUUUUGGCCUAUAAUAAGAUCUUUGUACUUUUGGGGGAAAGGUUGGAUUUUAAUUGUCAAAAAUCAGGUUUUGUUGGAUUGAAUGUGGUGACGAG